AUGCUAGUGUGUCAGGAGACGGUGUGGGAAGCCUUCAAGAUUUUCUGGGACCGCCUCCCGAACCAGGAAGAGUACCAGACCUGGAUGAGCCAAUGCCUGGACGGCACAGCCACCGCUCUGGCGAUGGGCAAAAACUUUAGCCAAUCAAAGGAGCACCUGGCCCUGGUUGAGAGUAGAAUUGAUGCCACCAACUCAUGGUUACAUAUGUGCGGCACCCAGACUCCAGACACAGAACAGGAAGCUCAAGAGGUCGUCAGUGAGGUCAUCAUAGAGGAGCCAGAGGCUUCCAAAGAACCCACAAAUGACAUAGAGAUGGAUGUGUUGGAGCGGGUCCAGCUGGAGCAGGUGGUGGAGCUGAGUAUCCUGCUGAAGGGAGAGAGGUACAGCGAUGCUCUCAGAGACCCUGCCAGCCUCCAGUACCAGACACUCAACCAGCAGUUCACUGACAAGAUAAAGGAUGCUGUGGGGGGACUGCCAGGCUUUAAGAGUGUGGCUGUGCUGCAGUUCAGGCUUCAGAAGGAUGCCCAAGGGUUGGAUGGUGUGGUGGUGGUCUAUGCAGUGACAGUGGAGGUGGAAGGGGAGGGGGUGAGCAGUGACCAGCUGGACUACCUGACCCUGCAGUCCAAUCUGGUGGAGAACUCCUACAGAGAGGUGAAGGAGAGGAACUACAUCACCGAGGCCCAGCACAAGGACAACAUCAUCAGUGAUACAACUCUGGUCCUGGACCCUGACUCACUGCAACUAUAUACUGUGUCCAGUGUUAAUGAGUCCUUUGAGCCCACUGCUGGAAUACCCGAGGAUUACACCAACGGCAGUGUGGAGGACAUUUUGGCUGUUGAGAUGACCCCAGACGCCCCCGAGGUUGAAGCUGAGGAUGUAGCGACGGGGGAGAAUGAUGUCAUUGUUGUAGAGGAGAGCAUGACCCUCCCCGCUGAGCUUGAGGUGACCAUCGAUGACACAAGCAUCGAGGAGGAGGUUCUGCUGUUGGGGAACACUGUGUCUACAGAGAGCCCUCUGUUGGAGGACCUCCCUACAGACCCUACCUCCCCUGAGCAGCCAGAGGGUGCUACGCUCCCCGAGCCUCCUGUGGAGAUAGAGGCCUCUGGUUCAGGUGUUAAAGUACUGAAGGACUUGCACUUCCAGCCUGAGGAAGAAGAAGCCAUAGAAGAAGAGCCAGCUCCAGAAGAGGAACUGACCAUAGAAGAGAAGGUAGUUCCGGAAGAGGUAAUCAUAGAGGAAGAUAUCCAAACAGAGGAAGCAGAAGCGGUGGUCUCUGAGGAAGAUAAGGUAGAGGAGGAAACAGUGGAGGUCCCUGACACAGUAGAGGUUCUAGAAGAGGAAGCUGGACCCUCUGAAGAGCUGGAGUACUCCAUCAUAGAGAUGGAGACCAUUGAAGAGGUAGAGGAAGAGGCCCCUGCCUUCGUCCCUGUGGAAAGGAUGGAAGCUCCCGAGCCAGUGGGGGACCUCAAUGUCCCCGAAAAUGCCCCUGCCAUUGCGACUCUGCCCCCAGAUGAACCUGAAGAGGAGACUAACGUGGUGCUGGCUUAUCCAGAAAUACCUGAAUAUGGAGUGGAAAUUGAGAGCUUAGAGGGACCAAUCACUGAGAAGCCAGUAACUAAAGAGGAUGCUCUGGAAGUGGAGGAAGACGUGGCAGAUGAAGUGGUCAUUGAAGUUCCGGACAUUUCUGAGAUCUCGGAGGAGGACUUGGUAGAAGACGAGAUCUUAUUGGUCGAUGAGGCUGCUUCGGAGGCCACCCACACCACCCCUCUCUCUGCGGAGAAAGAGUCACCCUUCACUCGAGUCUCUGAUGUCAUAGUAGAUGAGGAGGUUACAGAGGCCACGGCCCUGGACACAGCCGCAGAACCAGAGGCAGAACCGGAGCACCAAGGGGUCACCCCAGCUCUCAUACCCGCCGAGUACCACCCUGGUCCAGACAUUUCUAUCACUCUGGAGCUGCAGACGAUAGACCCUGUGACAGACUAUGACCUGGUCCACUUUGGCGGGACAAACCAAACAGAGGAAGGGAGCAGUGGGUACCCUUCUGGAGUGGUAAAUAGUACGGACCACAGCAUUGCCAUGCCAAUCAACCCUGGGCGGGCUCUGAUGGUGUUCUUCAGUCUGAGGGUCACCAACAUGAUGUUCUCAGAUGACCUCUUCAAUAAGAGCUCCGCAGAAUACAAGGCCCUAGAACAAAGGUUCCUCGAGCUGCUGUUUCACACCCACCAUCAUAAAACAAACACUCCAGAUGUUGUUGACCUCAACACGGCCAACCAGGAAGUUCACACCCUCCAUGGAACAUGUCGUGUAGGGGAGAACUGGUGGUACCGUGGAGAACACUGUGAGGAGUAUGUGUCAGAACCUCUGGUGGUCGGCAUAGCGAUAGCCUCUGUAGCAGGUUUCCUAUUGGUGGCAUCUGGUGUGAUCUUCUUCCUGGCGAGGACACUACGGGAUCAGUACGAUAAGGAUGAGACCGAGGACCCCAUACGGCGAGGGGAGAGUAUCCCGUCUCUAGAGAGGGCCACUAAAUACAACCCCAUGUAUGAGAGUGAGGCCACGACUGGCUACAGCCACUACUACCGCCGCUACCCAGAAGCCCCGCUCUACAGCAGCGCCAGCGCAGAGGCCUCCACAGACUUCAGCAGCGAGGAGAUACGCCACAUCUACGAGAACAGCGAACUGACCAAGGAGGAAAUCCAGGACCGGAUACGUAUCAUCGAACUCUAUGCGAAGGACCGRCAGUUUGCAGACUUUGUGCGGCAGCAUCAAACUGCCCUGGAUACACGCAGACAGAGCACCCUGGAUACACGCAGACAGAGCACCCUGGAUACACGCAGACAGAGCACCCUGGAUAMACGCAGAGAGAGCGCGUCCACGUAGACCUGUAUGGGACACUCAGCUGUAUGCUGGACAACAAGGUACCUUAUCCUUAACUUUGCUCUUUCCCCGCCCUGCUCGUCCUCCUUUGUCAGUGCCUUCUCUCGAUUGGGUGAGCUCUGCUGGAAUGGGUGUGGUGGCUGUGGGCAUAUCUGCUGCUCAUUGGAUGUCUUCCUUUKGGGGAAGACCGGCCUCCCUCCAUCUGGAAUCAUAAUAUUCGUUACUUGAAAUGAUGACAAACAAAAUGCAAUGCUCUCUAGGAUACCCGUUCUUUAGGUAGCAGAUAAGACCUGAUAGAGUAUUACAUUUGCAUUUAAUGUCAUAUGUCACCCAGUUGUUGAUGGAAGAAUGUAGCACUGUGAAAGUGUAAAUAUUUAUCCCAUUGGAAUGUUGGAUAGAUACUGUAAGGUGUGAUUAUCACUGUUUCUGCUGAUGUGUUGUAUGGACUGUUAUGGUUAAAGACUGUAUGAACUAGAGACUUUUCUUAAAGGGAUGGUCUAUACCAGGGGUGCACAACUCAGGACCUCAGGCAACUCAGGCCCUCUGGCAACUCAGGCCCUCUGGCAACUCAGGCCCUCUGGCAACUCAGGCCCUCUGGCAACUCAGGCCCUCUGGCAACUUCUGCAGGGACUAAAAGCAGCAGAUAUUGUUGCCCUCUGGACCAGAGCUGUGUGCCCUUGUUAUAUACCCAGCUUGGAGGUUGUUGGAGAUUGAGCUCAGUUGACUGGCCAGUGUCUGUGCUGUUCUGGGUGCUAUGGGAUCUCUGUUGUCUGAGUUUCUGGCUAGUAGUAAGCCUAGGUAGUGUUCUCCUGAAGUUGGGAGAAGCUAGUUGGAUGCACUCUGUGGGCAGAUCUUAAAUCUCAGCCCUCUAUGGCUCUGGUGAAAAGUAGUGCACUAUAUAAAGUAGUGCACUAUAUUGGGAAUAGGGUGUACUUUGACAUUUUAAGAAAAGUGGACAAAUGGAGGGUGAAUCUUCAAUUUUUGUUCAGCUGCAAUAMAUUUCCCCCUCUUCUUUCCCUCCUUCUCUAUCCCUCACUCUCUCACUCUACAUCAGGAAGCAGUUGGAGUUUGUUUUCUAUAGGAAAAAAAGUAUUAAGAGAGAGAGGGGGAGGGAGGGAGGGAGGGAG